AUGGGUUGUGGUGGAAGUCGGGCUGAUACUAUCGAGCCCAGGUACUACGAAAGCUGGACCAGAGAGACUGAGUCAACGUGGCUUACCAACACCGACACGGAUGCGCCUUUGCCAGUCGUGUCCAACGUGUGCAACAACGCGAACGAA